UCCCAACUCCUUGCGAUACACAACUUGCAGUGCUCAUUUGCUCUCCCCUUAUUUAUACCUAUUCGCGUAUAUAACCUUAUCUUCUGCACACAACAGCCUUCAUCAAUUCUUCAAUUUUGUUCUACGUGAUUCUUUGAGAAGUUAGACUAAUUUGAAAUCCCUGAUCGUAGUUUUUUGGGAGCUGGGAUUUGGUUAUUUUCACUUCUGAUCCGAUAAAGCCGUACUUGAUCAUCAAUGGAGGGUUAUGAAGUUGAAGUUCCUUCUUAUUUUCUAUGCCCAAUCUCCAUGCAACUGAUGAAAGAUCCAGUCACAGUUUCGACUGGGAUAUCCUACGAUAGGGAAAACAUUGAAAGAUGGCUGUUUUCAUUCAAGAACACAACAUGUCCAGUAACAAACCAACAAGUAUUAGACACAGAUCUCACUCCGAACCACACUUUACGGCGAUUGAUCCAGGCUUGGUGCACUCUCAAUUCAUCUUAUGGCAUUGAAAGGAUACCAACUCCUAAGGCCGCGGUCGAUAAGUCCUGCAUCAUUAAACUCCUCGACGAAGGCAAGAAAUCACCACAAGCACAGAUCAAUUGCCUGCAAAGACUCAGAUCCAUUGCGCAAUCCAAUAACAGCAGUAGAAGGCAAUUGGAGGCUGCUGGUGCAGUUGAAUAUUUAGCAUCAAUAAUAAAGAAAGAUGCAUUGGAUUGUGAUCAAGAUUCUGACAUUAGCAAGGCGAGUGAUGAAGCAUUGAACAUUCUUUACCAUCUAGAAAUCUCAGAUUCGGUUUUGAGGAAAAUUCUUGGAGAUGAUGAUGAUCAAUUCUUGGAGGGUUUAUUGCACGUAUUGAAGUGUGGGAAUUACCAAUCUCGAGCUCAGGCAAUAAUGAUACUAAAAUCUGCCUUAAAUGUGGUUGAUCCAGUGCAGGUGAUUGGAGUUAAGCCCGAAUUUUUCAUCGAAAUUGUCCAGAUUUUCCACGACAAAAUCUCGCAGCAAGUUUCCAAGGCAGCAUUGAAGCUCCUUGUAGAGCUAUGUCCAUGGGGAAGAAACCGAGUCAAAGCGGUCGAAUCGGGCUUACUUUCAACAUUAAUAGAGCUUCUUCUUGACACAUCUGAAAGAAGGGCUUGUGAGCUUAUAUUGACAGUAUUGGAUCAGCUAUGUGGUUGUGCCGAGGGCCGGGCCGAGCUGUUGAAACAUGGAGCUGGACUGGCCAUUGUUUCGAAGAAAAUACUUAGGGCGUCUCAUGUGGCAACUGAUAAGGCAGUGAGAAUAAUUUCUUCAAUUUCAAAGUUUUCAGCAAAUUCUAGGGUUCUUCAAGAAAUGCUGCAAGUUGGGGUGGUCACAAAGUUGUGUUUGGUGCUUCAAGUGGGCAGCAGUCAAAAAACAAAAGAGAGGACUAAAGAAAUCCUUAUGCAGCAUUCUAGGGUUUGGAAAAAAUCUUCUUGUGUUCCACCUCAUUUAAUCUCUUCCUAUCCAUUUUCUUAAUUUUUCCAUUAAAUUGUUUACACACGAGAAUGGAAAUUGAUAAACGAGGCAAAGAGCCUCGUAAAAUUAUAUUGUAAACGGAUUCUUGUUAGUACUAAUUUAUGUAGUUCAUAUAAUUUGUAGACAUGUUUGGUAAAUUUUUCCAUCGGAAUGAAGUUUGUGGAAACUUGAUCAA